CAAUGUCACACAUCACAAUUUUGUCAGUGUUUUUGAAGGUUUCGAUACAAAUAUGUCGACUACAUAAUGACUAUCUCUUCAACUCAAACUGUUCACCAAUAUCCGGGUAUUCAUAAAUUAGGAUUUACAUAUACUUACAGUAGCAGGCAUGUCACCAGCCAAUAAACCUGCUUUGGAGGUUCCCGUGAUUGAUGUCUCUGUCCUUCUAAAAAAUGCUGAUGAAGCGUCGCCAGAAGACCUCAAAAUUUGUGCGGAUGAACUAAAAGCUGCUGUCUCCAGUAUAGGUGUCUUCCGCAUUAGUGGACAUGGCAUCAGCAACGAGGAUCAAACCGAUGCUAGCGACGCAGUCAAGUCACUAUUCAAUGUGUCUGAAGCGGAGAAGCAUAGACUCAGUGUCAAGGCCAACAAUAUCAAGAGUGCAGCGGUAGCACGGGGGUAUAUAGGCAUUGGCGAGGAGAGUGGCUCGCAUCGUGUCGAGGUGAAGGAAGGAUUUUCGAUGGGGUACCGAUGGGAUGCGGUGGAAGCGGGUUUCACCCCAAAGCCGAUGGGAACGAAAACAAGACCCGUGCCCGAGACACUCAAUGCACUACAGGCUGUGAAUGUGUGGCCCACAGAGGACCACCUGGACCUACAGUCGCGCAUUUCAAUGGAUUCUUUGUUCGAACAUAUGACGAGAGUUUCUCAAGCCUUAGUACGAGGAUUCUCCAUGGCUAUGGGGGAGGAAGCAGGGUACCUGACGCCCUACUGCAAGGGCGGAGAGAACAUUUCGUUGUUGAGAUUAUUUCAUUAUUUCCCGUACUCGCAGUACAAAUCGGAUCAAUCCGUAGACGUAGAGAGGAUUGGAUCCUCACCACAUACGGAUUGGGGAUUCUUAACACUCAUUAUGGAACCGGGCAUUGGAGGUUUGGAGGUAUUCCAUGAUGGCGAAUGGAAUACCGUGCCCCCAGUCCCUGGUACCCUCGUAUGUAAUGUCGGUGACUACUUCAGCAUGUUAACGAAUGGAAAAUUCGUCUCUCCAUUGCACAAAGUAGUGACGGGGGAUGAGGAACGAUACUCGAUUGUGUACUUCUACUACCCCGGAUACAAUUCACAUAUUCCUCAGCAAACCUGUUCGCAAGAUCAGGAAGUCCCUUCGAGCAUACGGGACGGCCUCAAAAGCUAUAGCUUGGUCACUGAUCAGUCUGCGAAUGGUGCUGAUCUGGAUCAGAGCGAGUCGAUAACAUUGGAUGAUGUGCCCUUCGGAACUUAUAUCGCUCGCAAGUGGGAACAAGUCGCCAGAUAGUUACUUUCUGCUUCUAGUCCGCAGAGCAUAUUUGCAACGCAGUGAGUUCAAGUAUGCACCACACUACCUGAGAGUGCAAUACGAGGUACGCCUCAAACUUUGAUUUAUUAUAGCAUUUUUUUGACAGCACCUGUGGUUAUGUCAAAUGAUGCAGAAUGUUGCGGCCGAUGUGGCACUCAACGGAGGAUCAUAGACAGAACUCGAGCACAGACAGAUUCAUCUUGCAACUGUUAGGGUUGUGAUCUUUAAUCUUAUUCCAGGUACAUAGCCUUAUUAGGCGCGGUUUGAUGACAAUGGUCGAAUAUAGGAGUUAAAAACAGAUUACGACCCUUCAAUUAUCACGCAGUAGUUCAGAAUUUCAAUCAUCAAGUGACUAAAUAUUUUCUUGGUUGACUGUGCUAUCUUUGGCAGAACCUGACUAAUUUUCUGCC